CUCAAACAUGGGAACCUCACAAAUGGAAAAAAAAAGUUUUAAAACCACCAUGUGAUUCCCUCAAGGACAGGCUGACUGUUGACCCUCUACUUGUUACCACCUAAGUGAAUAAGAAAUUUCUCUGUAUCUUCAGAAAGCAUCAAAACACAUUCCCUUAUACUUAAAAAUAGCAGUGGUAAGGUAAUUUUUGAGGAUGCAAAAUCUUAACACGUGCACCUCCAAUUAAAUAAUUGCACUUUUUUCUCAAGAGCUCUGUGAUGCUCAAUGUGAUUCACACGACUUUAUUUUUGUGCUCAAGGACCACAAGGAAAAACAUUAUCAAUCUCUCAAACUUCUUAUUUGCAUUGCACCAUUUCUUAUUUCACACGGAGUCUCACUUCAGUGAGAUAAGUGAAAGGAGCAAGCAGGAUUCAUCCCUUAUAGUAAGUAGUCAAGUCAUAUUAACACUGAGAAGAAAUUAUUGUCGUGUCACUUUGGCCAACAGUACCAAGGAAGACAACAAUUAUGCCUGCUCCAACAUGAAGAAACAGGAAGAUGUAUUCUUCUUACAGUUCAUUGAUAUACUCUCAAACAGAGAUGUUUGCAUGUACUCUGAGAUGAAGAGAAGGGUCUGCAGGAGUCUGGUUGUAACUGACAUUGUUAAGCCUGAAGUACCAUUUGCUAUAAACAUCACCUAUGAAAGGGAGGCAAAUGAAUAUCUCAUUCGUUACUGCACACCACACUCAAGGAAGAAAUACUUAAAGGACAAAUUAGUGCACCAAGUAGCCUAUCGGCAGAAAGAAGGUACUUGGAAGACAAUAGAAUCACCAUACCUUCAGAUAAAAUUGCUGGGGAAAAACCUUGAAAAUGAAGCAUCGUAUGAGGUGAAAGUACGUUCUCAGCCCAAUGGAGAUUAUUUUAAGGGCACAUGGAGUGAAUGGAGCACUUCGAAGAGCUUCAAAACAGCAAGAGAGCAGCACUCCACAGAAAGCUACAGCAGUGUGGUCAUGGUUAUACUCUCCAUCCUAGGAUUCAUGCUGUCCGUUGUUGUGAUUGCACUGAUCGUAGUUUUUUGGGAAAACAGGAUCAAGCCUGCUGUAUGGCCAAACCUUCCUGACCAUAAAAAAACGCUGGAGCAACUAUGCAAGAAGCCAAAAAACCCAUCAACUGCUCCAGAGACAAGCCUUCCAGAAAAAUUCAGGAGUGGAUCAGACCUGAAGAUGAUCCCUGCAACGGCAGACAAAACCAACCUGAACCUGCCGGUGUCGUACGAAGGGGUCUGGCCAGCUGAAGCCCUGCACAGGCUCCUGGGCCCCAGCCAGUUUGCAGUCACCGAGGGCAGCUGCAGCUCCAGCACCUAUGAGGUUUGCCACGGCAACAGGGUGCCCCUGCACCACGAUGGUUUCAACCUUUCCUCCACUCGUCCCCUGCAUCCUUCAGGGCAGCCCCAUCCAGAGCCCCUGAACCACAACACCCCAUCCCAGAUGUUGCCUCACAGUGACAUGAGAUCACCAAACAAUGAGGAAGCCUACGUCACGAUGUCCAACUUCUACAAAAUCCAGUAAAUCUCACAAGAAUUACAGCAUGCAGUUUUUUCUCUGGCACACGCAGGAUACUGAGGCUUUCUGGCUCUGUUUUCCCGUAUCCUGAGCACUCCCACCUCCCUCGUGCGCUCUGCUCACGGUGCAGCGCUGUACCUGCAGGGAAGGGGGAUCUCCUACACUCAGUGAGAAGCAGCCCAUCUCAGCAUUCAGUAUGCUGCUAGCAGUCUUCACUGCAGCAGAAAUUAAAUUUAAUUCAACCUGAUUCCGAUCUUCAAAUCUGAUUAAUCCAGAGCAGUGACAAUGUAGUCCCAGCCGAGGAUCACAGCAUGUCUUGUAGAAAUUAAUGAACUUUUUUGUUACCCUCUUGGUUACAAAGUUAAGCUCUUAUUAAUGCCAUAGCAAGAAAUAUGGCAAUAAAUUCCUUUUAAAUAGAACCCAACCUCUUUUAAACACUGGUGGGUCAAGAAUAACUCCCCCUCCCCCCCCCACCCCAGUCAGUCAAAAGACAGUAAAAAGACAAAAAAGACAGGAAAUUAGAGUUGCUAUCAAAUAGUAGAUGCCUGGAGAUCCAGGCAGCUUGAGCACCACAAUGAGAGUUGGCUGAGUGCCCAGCAAAAAUGUUACAUAGGCCCACCUGAGGGAGAUGUUUCCUGAGAUGGAUUUAGUUUUUGGUUUGGUUGUUUUUGUUAUGGGGUUUUUUUUGGUGGUUUGUUGGGGGUUUUUUUGAGACUCAAAUUAAAACAAAGCAAACCCUAAAUGCCACUACUUUUCGCUAUUGGCAAAGACCUGCCCUUAAGACAGUUACAGGAUGCACAGGAACUUCUGCUAAUACUUUUGAGGUCUUCAACAUGUACCAACCAUGAGAAGCAAAGUCCUUUCUCUUCCUAGAGGUUGAAUUGGGUCUGUAAAUUGCAUGAUACUCUCCUUUUCUGCAGCUCUUAUGCAAUUAUUAGUGUAGCAUAAGUGCUUUCCAUUCCAGAGACUAGGCUAACCAUGUUUGUUUACUAGCAUUAUUCCCAAUGGCUGUGACUGCACACAAGUACUAUGAAUUUGGACAGGCAAUGUUUUCAUGCAACAUCUGACAUAGGAAGAUGGAUGGAAUGUCGUGGAUCCUUGCCAGUGAUCACAAGACCUAAUUUAGUUUUUUUAAAAUAUCUUAUAGCUUGCCAGGAGAUGCUUUUUGUUUGUUGAUAUUCUUUUAUUCUUUUUUUUUUCCAGUUUUUAAUUUUUUUCAUUGUGACUUUUUUUCUUUAUGGUAUUACAUUUAUUAUAUUUUUUACAUUAUGGCUGAGCCACUUCACAGUCCUCUUUGGAUGCUGCACAUUCUGGAGCACACACUUGGAGAUAAAGCUGCUACAGCCACAUGGUUGCAGGACAGCAAAGCAUGUGGCCACGGGACAUCCAAGCUGCUUUCUUGGACUCUGGACUUGGGGUUCACUUCACUGUGCAGUCUCAGUUCCUCUAGCUCUUUGAAAUUCUCCUUUACCUAGUUAUAUUCACAUUUCCAGAGCAUAAAGGUUGAAAAGAGUCCUCUCUUAUCCUCAAAGGAUGAGAUGCUCAUUUGUUCUGACUCAUAAUGGUCAUAGAGAUGUUACAAAACCUCAGCUGCUUCCAUCUGCCUCUGCCAAGACAGCUUUGUACCAGGAGAGCAGCAGAAUGAAUCUGAUCACUGAAACUCUCUUGUGGCUUUGUUUCAAGAAUAUAUGGCAGAGAGUGAGGCUUGCAUUAAACUCGGUUGCUUGAAUUAGAAUUGAAUGCUUCAGGAGACAGUACAAACCAAACAGCAAUUCUGGAGCACAUCAAGCCAAAACCAGCCUUCCCAAGACAGCACUCCACCUCCUCCGCCUCCACCCAGUGCAAGGGAAACUUUCAAGUGAGGAGAGCUUAACAGCUACUGUGUGCAAAGGGGCCUCAGAUUUGGCUCAAGGCAUUCCAGUGACAUUUUACAGAAUGGUUUUUAUUGCUGUUUACCACCAAAUGAAGCAUUAAUUGAUGCAGAAGAAAAAGGCCAAAGCCCUGGGCGUUCAUUUUCUUUAUAGUGCUUGUGUUUCUUUUCAAACAGAGCUGCUGAUAAUGCUUAUACUGCGAGGACUUGCACAGUAUUACUGUAGAUACAGACUAUACUAGAAUGAUACCUCCUUCCAGUGACACAGUAACAAACAAAAAGGGGAUAGCGGAAGAAGCAAAAGCACAUCAGGAAAAUCUUCUGCACUAUGUGCUAUGCUCCCUUCAAUUUUUGUAAUUCUGUAUUUCUGUAACAUAUUUGUUGGAUGUAUGCAGAUAUAACCACUUUCAGCUUUGUUUCAGGAAAAAAAAAAUAAAGCCAAAUAUGCACCAAAGCCUGAAACA